AUUUAAGCCAGUUUUUGCGAUUUAAAUUUGUUGUGAUUGUUCAUUUACCGUUUCGAUGCAAAAUAACAUAUCUGGGGUGGUAUAAAAUCAGCCUAGAACGCUAUAUCCUGGAAAAAGGAGCUUUGAAAAUCCUGUGUGAAGUUGGCUAUGCACAGGAACGAAAAGCUUUGCCCGCCUAAAAUUUAACCAUUUUCCUGACUUGGCGGGAUAAAAACAGGGUGCUAGGAUAUUUUUAGUUGGUUAUGUAGAUGCUCCACGUAGCAAAAUUUCUGCUGGGAUCUUCAACUUGGAAAAGAAACAUUCUUCUAUCGUUUUUUAACUAAAUUUAAGUGCUCGAAGAAGUAUUUGUGCCAGAACGCAGUGAUAAAGUUCCUACUAUCUCAAAAGCGGAAGGAUCAGACUUUAGAAUUUUUGGGGCCGAAUCUUGGGUGAAUAAUAUUAUUAUAAAAAUGACUGACAAAUAUGAGUGUGAAUUAUCUGAAAACCUGGAUUACACUACCAAUAACAGUCCUAGUGACGCUGAAAACAAUGAAUUACUUAAUAAAUUGGAAGAAGAAAACUAUGCAGAAAGUACUAAACUACCCUUUCAAGAAUUAUUAAAAAUGCACCAUAAACAAACUGUUUGGGGUUUCAAAUAUGGUGAAAAUAUUAGGGCCAGUGCAUUAUCUAGGGACAAAAAUUUGAAAGAAAGCAAUGAAAAGAAAAGGGAUAAUGAUUUAGAUGGUACUGAUAAUUCAGAUUGUAUUAAUAGCGAACCUGGUCCAUCAACAUCCAUAGCUUGUACGACAGAAAAAGAACACAAAACACCCCAUUCGAGGAAAGACUGCAGAACCACCAGGAGCAGAACUAGCAAAAGGAAGAAUAGUUGCAAACAAGACUUUGGUUCACCUAGAAAGACUCGAAAGGUUCCAUUACCUUUGAUGAACUGGGCAGACAGCAAAGAAGUUUGGAUGUUUAUGGUCUAUAAAGAGGAAGCUUCUCUGAAUUUGAGAAAUCCACGUCUUUUUGAGGACUUCACAAAUUUCAUGCCUCGCAUGAGAGCCAUCUUGUUAGACUGGGUGAUGGAAGUCUGCGAGGUCUAUCACCUCAGGAGAGUCACCUACUAUUUGACAGUAGACUAUUUUGACAGAUUCUUGUCUUUGAAACCUGAUGUUCCUAAAAAUCAACUACAAUUGGUGGGAGUUACAUGUCUAUUUUUAGCUUCUAAAUUAGAAGAGGUGUAUCCACCGCGUUUGACUGAAUUUUCGUAUGUUUGUGACGGAGCCUGUACUCCUGAAGAUAUCCUGAAUUGUGAAUUAUUAAUUUUAAAUAGUUUGGGAUGGGAUUUGAAUGUUAUGACGCCCACUGAUUGGCUUAAUUUGUAUAUGCAAAUACACUUUCAGGCCCCAACUGUAAUACGUCAAAGACUGCACGAGGACACAACAAGAAACUUCUUGUUUCCUCAAUAUUCCGGAUAUCAAUUCACCAGAGCAUCACAGAUGAUAGAUGCUUUUAGUCUUGAUCCAGGAUUUCUAAAAUUUUCAUACAGUACCAUGGCAGCUGCUGCUGUAUAUUUCAUGUAUGGUAAACAGCCAGCUCUGGAUGUGUCAGGGUUGACAUGGGAACAGCUCCAACCCUGCGCCGAGUAUAUGGCUGCUUUCUAUUUAGUUUUAAGGGAUACUCCAGAUCCAAGACUGAUCAGUUGCAAAUCUGAUACACCACAGGAGGACCAAAGCCAGCCACAUUUGGCUUCAAUCAGGCAAAAGGUUCCUGAGUUGGUUAAGGAUGAGAAUCACAGUUUGCAGACUCAUGUGGUGAAUAUGGAGUACUUUGAGAAGUCUGCUAUUAUUAGAUUAGAACAAAUGGGACUUAAAGUUGAAAAAACCUAUGUAAGCAAGAAGAAAAACAAAGAAGAAAAAUCCCAGAGCGACUUGAGCGAGGAUGAGUCCAAAGAAAACCGUCCUCAACCUGAAGAAACCGAGGAUGACCUGAUCUGCAUGUACGACGUGGAGAAGAUUUCUUGCGAUGCUGUGGCCCUGGAUGAUUCGGACAUAAGCAUAUCCAACGUUUCGUCUCCCGAUGCCGACAUCUUCCUAUCUGACGACAAAGCCAUGCUCAGCUUCGACCAGAUAUUAGAUGGUAUAGUAAAAUGCAACCAAAAAAAUAUACCCGUACCUCCUCAGUCCCCCAGGGCGGAAAUAGAAGAAACCCUGGAUAGGUUAGAGUAGUUAAUAGGAUUGAUCUUAGGUAGGUUUUUAAUCAUUUUCAAUUGAAACGUUUAUUUUUAUAAGGGUGUAUGUGCCAGCAUGGUCAUAAAAAAGGGCCCUAGGGUGGGGAUCCUUGACAGUUCUGUUUGACGAUUCAUUUGACACAUUUGAUCAUAGAUAAAGGAAAUAAAUUGAGAUUGGAAUGCCCGUCAAAAUAUAUAAUUGUUAUGGGUCGCGACCGUUGUACGCGAUCUGGCGCUGCUAUAGCGGUUGCUAUCAGAUUGUUAAGAACAACCGCUAAACAAUGACAGAAAUAAUUUUCUCUUGUCAAAGCCAGAAUCUUAAAAAAAUCUUUCAAAAUUUAAACUGCCCUCAUUGAAAAA